AUGGCACCAGACCCCAAAGGCCAUCCUGACCCUCUCCGUGGCCUCCCCCCAAAUGCAUCUGGUCUCGCACAUGCUCUCCGCCAGGUGGGCCAGACAAACGUGCACGACCUCCGCAAUACUAUUCAAACAGUAGAUCCGCUGUCAUCGGUAGGUCCUGCUGUCCAGCGCCACUCGUCAAUGCGGACACCAGGGCUCUACUCUGUGAAUCCUCCCCCUGCACCACUGGAGGCGUCAACCUCUGGACGCGCACUGCCCGAGGCCCAGGCAUCAACCUCUGGACGUGCUCCCUCGCCUGAACCAGAGGUGUCCGUCCGCCCUCUCUUCCGCCCGGCAGCAAUGUUCCCCGCCCUUUCCAAAGACCCCAAGCAGACAAAACUUGCCAGCCGUCUCAAACAUGCUAAACAGGCCGACCCUGAACAUUUCGCACUCGUGCAAGCUCAAAUCUACGAGCAAUGCCAGCGCAUCCUUGACCGGUCCAAUCCCUUCACCCGGAAGCACCGAGAAGAGAUCCUUGCGAGUUGGAAUAAUAUCGUUGGCGAGGCUCACCCCGGCCGCUCAGACAAGGAGCUCUGGACGACCGAAAUCGUUGAGAAAUGGGCACGCCCAUAUCUUCGCACACGGGUGCAAUUCACUCCAGGUCAAGGAGGGGCAGCGCAUGUGCGCGCGGUGACACUCCGCAACUGGACGACAACUCUCGUCAACUGUAUCCUCAAGUAUACCCAUGAUCCCAAGACGUCCGAAAGCACAGGCCUCUAUGUACUCGUCCACCAGGGCUUGUUUCAGGCACUCGAGGAUGAGGUCAGCCAGUUGGUGGAGGACUACAAGCUCAAUCGGUAUCAAAAAAAAAAGCUCUAUUACGGCCGCGCAGAGACCCAGCUCCUCAUCGAAGCCGCUAUGGAUGAAGCCUCGGGAAGGAGCAGGAUCGUUGGCAUGCAGCACGUCUGCUGCAUGCUCUCAGGCUUUUUCUUUGCAGUGCGCCCCGGAAGCAUAGGAGUGUCCUGCCAGGAGUACGCGAAUCGCGAGUUUUUUGCAAAGACGGGCGAUGUUGAGAUCAUCAAGAUCGGGCCCUUCAAGUUUGAGGUUCGCAUUACCAUUGGCAAUUUCAAGGGUCAUAACGAUGUAACAGCAAAACAGCACACCUUUAUCAUCACAGGUGUCUUCAAGUCGCACAAUGCCCUUUUCGAUGCCACGCUCUGGUGGGUGUUGUACCUCAUGGAGAGAGGUGUCCUUCCAGUCAAGACUAUAGACGAGCUGAUUGCAUACAAGGGAGCUACCAUCCCCAUCGUGUUGAAGGACGAACCCCUACUUCUCAAAGUGCUUCCCGGCGGCAAGGGACUCAUGGCAGGCAUUCCGAUGACAGCAGGCGGAAUCUCGCAUGGAAUUCGUGGCCUCAGCGAAGCAGCUGGGCUUCCGGGUGGAAGCAUGGGAUGCUUCCGUCGGGACACGGGCAACGAUUUUGGGAUCAAACUGGGCAAAGAUGUUGGUGCAAUGAUCUUGGCCCAUCGCGAGCAGAACACGACCUUCAACGGUUUCUACGAUCGCAACACUGCAAAUUUCCCGCUCGUGGGUACGCGCCUCAACGAGUUUGAUUCCUUCAAUGCGCCCGAGACAAAGGCAUCGCUCAAGUUGCAUGAAUACACAUCCGCUGCGGUUGCGGCACUCGUCAAUCGCAAACACUUCAGAGCUAUACUUGUAUCCCAGCAGGGCACACCGAAUGAGGCAGCGGGUGUUGCACCCCCAGAGCCGCUGGCAGUACUCACAGAAGCCGAAAUCACAGAGGCAGAGAACAUCCCUGAGUUCAUUGCUGUUUGUGCAGAAAUGAGCCACGCAUGGGAGGAUCUAGCCAACUGCUUUGCGGUCAAGCACAAGGAGUCCAUCAAGCCAUACAAGCCUUGUCUUGAAAACAUUUCGAAGCUGGAGCGGCACAAGAACAUCCCUGAGCUCAUUGCUGUUCGUGCGGAAAUGAGCCACGCAUGGGAGGAUCUAGCCAACUGCUUCGCGGUCGAGCGCAAGGAGUCCAUCGAGCCGUACAAGCCUUGUCGUGAAAACAUUUCGAAGCUGGAGCGGCACAAGGUCAUCAACCCCAAUGUGGACGUGGUAAAGGCUCGCUACAUUGCACUUUGCAAGCAAAAUGAAAAGAUGCAGCGGGCAAUCCGCAGGAAGGCAACAACGGCAAAGCGUCGUCAGCACAAUGCUGCAAAAUUUCAAGAGGGACGGGCAGCCGACACGAUGGAGGCAAGGUUCGCAAGCUUGGAUGCACUCAAGACGCAACAAUCAGCCGUGUUGCAGGCCGCAUGUAAUUUCACAGCAGGUGCCGUGGCGCCCACAGAAUCGUCUUCUCACAUGCAGAUUCCGCCACCACCCAUCAACGCGGCCUCGGCGGGAGAGUGGGCAGCUUGGUUGAAAAACAUCAACGACAGCUUCCCUGUGAUAGCAGAACCAGAAGGCGAGUGUGCGGAUGAAUGGGAAGCAGAAGAGGACGGCGCAUUACAGCUAACUCAAUUGUCCGACAUUCUCCGACGAGACGAUGCUGCACGAGGAGUACAGCAGAAGCCCAAACCAAAGAGUAAAAAAGUGCAUCCCACAGCCAGCGCAAAGGGCAAGGCAGCAGCAUCCGCAGAGGAUGCCGGUGACGAUACCGACUUGCCUUUUCUCACUGACUCGGAGAUGAUCGUCAUGGAUGAUGAGCCAGAGGCUGAGGUUCUUCAGAUCGGAUGCGAUGACAUGCGCAUCGCGCUGGCCCGUUACAUCUUGGCCCCAAUUGCCCGUGAGCGAGAGUGGCAAAACUGGUACGAUCAUUGCGGCCAACAGUGGAUGUGCCCUCUCUGUGCUCGAGCAGCGGAGCGUCAUCCAAGUCUUGUGGUUACCACCGUGAUCACUCGCGGCCAUCUUGAGCGUCAUCUCGCUCUCCACACCCCUUGGUACGAGCUUGAACUGGAGAUGCUCACAACGGACGAACACACGUUCAAGUGUCCGUCGGCCAAUUGCUCAUUCAGCGCGAGCACCAUUCAUCUUGUCCGCAAACACUGCGUGUUAGGAUCAUGCACAGACAAAGUUCGAUACAGACAACUUGCGCUCGAGCAUAACAUAGCCAGUCGCGCGGCUCAACACCGACACCAAGGCGCGCCCACAGAGACAGAGGCUGAAAUUGAGGAAAAGUACCGGCGAGCUGCACGACUCGCCCGCCCCUACAAGCACGCAGUGUCCGAUGAUUCACACCUGCAGUGGAGUUAUAACGACCAAGUGCUUUUGUUCUAUCAACUCGUUGCACGCAUGGAUGCCGCAUCCUUGGCUCAGUUGAUGCUCUCCACAUCACUCGAGACUGUAGACCCUCAGACGGCAGCACGUUUGGAGUCUGACCUAUCUGCGUGGAUUGCCAGUGUCGUCGACCUCGCACAUUCACCUUUAUUAUCUGAUGUUCCGGUGCCAAAUCCCACCAAUGAACGGCCAUAA